AAAAAAAAAACUUUUUUUUGUUGAAAAAAACGGGGAACAAAAAGGGGAAAACUUUGCGGUUACCAUCUCCACUUAGGGUUCUAGAACGUCCAAACCCAGCACCAAAUUUGAUAUGGGCUCAGAUUGGGUCGAAGCAUAGACAACAAUGGCGGGAAGAUUCUUCCCGGCGAAGGAAAACUCCGUCCAUGGAAAUCGCCGGAGGGAGACUCUCACUCUCCUCUGUGGCCCUCCUUCCUCUGGCAAGACCUCUCUGCUUUUCCAAUUUGCUCACAAUGUGGCGAGUGAUUCCUCUGUUUCUGCAAGUUCUCAUGUCGUCUUCAUCUGCCAUCAACGAAGGAUGGCGAUCAAUCCUCCCUUUCUCUGCCAGGGAAUUGACUCAUCGUCUGAUGUAUUUGAUCGAAUUCAGAUGAAGUAUGUGGAUGAUGAUGACGGCAUCAGGAAGUACUUUGCUGCAUUCCAUCUUCAUGUUAACACCCCUGCCGCCGUUAUAAUCGAUGAUUUUGGCGAUUACUUCAGUGAUCGGAACCGCAAGGAGAGACCGACGAAUUCUCGGGCCAGAGACAUGGCGAUGGUCCGUACACUCGCUCUGUGCCGCAAUGCCAUAGCUCAUGCCAAGAAAGCUCCGUGCCAGCUUAUCUUGUCUGAAACCAGCAAUGGAGAUCCCCCAAAGUCAUUGUUCAUCUACAAACGAUGGGUUCCAUCCAUAUAUACGAUAAAAGGUGAUGGGAAUGGAUCAUUUCUCCUCAGAAGCAACGAUCCUUCUGAGAAAUUUGCCAGAUACUCUAUUGCUCUGCAAUACCUCAUUUUGGAGGAGAUGGUAGAUGAUAAUGAUAGCUAAGCAAGACAGAUGAUAUAAUAUAUAUAUAUAUAUAUAUAUAUAUAUAUAUAUAUAUGCCUGCAUAAUUUUGUAAGAAAAUGUUGAAAGCAAAAAAAAAUACAACAUUUCUUGUGACAGAAGGUAUCUUUUUAGUAUUGGGAAUUUGGCAAAUUGAUAUAUGAUUUCAUUACAAACAUUUCAUUAGACCUUUUUUUUUGUUUUUUUUUUGUGUAGUUUGAAAAUAUACGGUGAAAGUAGAGCUC